AUGCCUUCCUGAGUCUCGGUUUUCUCAUCUGUAAAAUGGGGCUAAGAACAGCACCCACCCAGGGAGAAGCUGCUGCUCGGAAGGCUCCUGGCUACACGCGUUGGCCUCUGGGGGCGCCCAGACCCACGGCGGUGGUUCAGCUGGCGGAUCUGGCAGUCAUUCCUGGGGGCCCGUGGGUCUGCCUUGGGCGCGCAGGCCCAUGCAGGCUCCACAUGCGGCUGACUGGGUGCUUAACGGAUGCCCGAGUUAACACACGGAGGAAGGGGUGCGCCUGGGAGCCAGCAGAUCCCGGGUGACGGUGACAUGUUGGCCCAGGCUCCUGGCCCCCCAGCCACCCACCUCCUGUCAGGCUGCCCUUGGUUCCCGUUAGCAGGAACUUGGGCUCCCCGGCUGCAGCGAGCUGGCCCCCAAUGGCGGCCCGGAGUCCCUGGCUCUGGUGUUGAGGCCGGUCCCCCACAAAGGUACCGAGUCUUGCUCUGGGCCCUGCACGGGGGCCCCCUGAGAGGCCCCCGUGCCCAGAGUGCCCCUGCUUGACACACCAGCUGGACAUGUGACAACUCAGAAGGUGUCUCCCGUCCCUGGAAGCAUGACCGGCCAGAUUCUGAAAUCUGGUCUCUGGAAAAUUCCAAGGCCUGAUUCCAGCCCCAGGGAGCCCUGCUAAUCCCUCCCCAUUCCUUGUGUUAUGUAAUAUUUGGGGAUUAAUACUGUAGCAUCCAGAGGCAGCUGUCUGGAUUCGAAUCCAGCCCUGACCCUUCCCAGCGGCAGGCACCACCGCCUCCCCUGGCUUCAGUGUGCUCACCUGUGAAAUGGGGACAAGGCCAGUGCCUGUGUCCCAGGACUGAUGUAGGGAACAUGAGAGAGCACAAGGAAGGAGCCUGGAGCUGAGUCUGAGGUAUGGCUCCAGGAGGGUCCAAGAGUGCCCACCAGUCCUUUCCUUGGCUGCCCAGGGCGGGAGUCACACGCCCGCCUCUGCCCUUCGGUCCCCAGAUUCUGGUCCUUCUCGCGGCCUGAUGUCCUGCAUAUAUGAUACCCCCAACCCCCAGCUGUGCCCCUCCUGGGUCCCUGCACCAGGCCUCACUCCCUUCCCAAGCAGCCCCAGCCCUAGGGAUACCGGUCUUCUUUCUCUGCCCUCUGGAUCGGGCCAUGGCUCCCCGGUGCCACGAGAGCCCUGUCAGGCCCCCCACUCCCGCUCGCUUCUCCCUCAGAGGCCUCUGAGAGAGGGAGACAAUCUCUCUGACCUCAGUUUCCCACUCAGAGAAAUGGGCAGGUUGACACGUCACAGCUGGACGGGAGGUGCAGGACUGGAAGAGCAAGCCGGCCGAGCGCAUCGGGUGGGCGCGGGGCUGGCGCUGGGCGCGAGCUCCGCUGUCACUGAAGCUCCUGUCAGCCCGGUGUCCCCGCUCGCCCACGCCCGUCGCCCUCCCUCCCGGCACGCCUGCCCCCUCCAGCGCCUGGCCACGCCCCCAGUGUCGGGCUCCGCCCCGCCCCCUCAGCCAAUAAGACGCGCCCCAGCGGCGCGCGGCCCCCCGAGCCACUGCGCGGUGGUCCUGCGGAGGUUGCUCCAGGCGCCCGCCAGGCCCCCUGCGGGAUGGAACACGCGCCGCGCCGGCGGCGCAGUUGCCGCCCGCCGGUUUCCGCCUUCCUGCGCGACCCGAGCUCCGGGCGCGUCUACAGGCGCGGGAAGCUGAUCGGCAAGGGUGCCUUCAGCCGCUGCUACAAGCUGGUGGACAUGUCCACCGGUGCCGUGCUCGCCCUCAAGGUGGUGCCUCGUGCUGGGGGCGGGGCCGGGCGACUCCGCCCCCGCAGUAAGGUGGAACGGGAGAGCGCCCUGCACAGCCGCCUGGAACACCGCAACAUCGUAGCCCUCCACGGACACUUUGCUGACCGGGAGCACGUGUACAUGGUGCUGGAGUACUGCAGCCGCCAG